AUGGUGAGUAAUCGGCUUACAGCUUUGGUCACAGGAGGUGCCUCUGGCAUUGGGGAGGCGACGGCGCGCAAACUUGCGAGUCGUGGUACCUCGAUCGUACUUACCGACGCGAACGAGGUCCUGGCAGAGGAGAAGGGACGGGAUAUCGAAAAGGAAUUUGAUGUGCCAUUGCGUAUACUGCUGGUAUCUCUGGAUCUCGACUACGCCGCAAACUGCGCAGGGUAUGUGAGAGUGUUUGGGAGGAAGAGGAGAGCGUUUCCACCGAGCUCUUCGACCGUCAAUACCCAGGGUCUUUGGCUCUGCCAAAAGUACCAAGCCUUGCAAAUGCGAAAAAAGUAGUAGCAGCCACGGACUGUCAACUUCUCGCCUAUUUCGCCGGUUACCAUACCGCCCCCAAGGGGAGCAAUUACGAACGUCGCUUCGAUCUCUGGGCUGCGGGCCAGGCGCAUUGCCGCCUAAACAUCGAGCGAAAAUGCCGCAGUCGCCGUCACGAAGAACGGUGCGAAGUUCUAUGGGCCGGACAGCGUCCGUUGCAACGCGAUAUGCCCUGGCUGGACGAUGAUGGCCAUGAUCGCAAAGAGUGUGGGCAAGGUGGGCGUGCCCGGUACUGAAGAGAACAAAGAAUCAUCGGUUUCGCGAGAAAUGGCAAUAAAACGGAUGGUAUUCCCGCAGGGCAGGCCAAUGUGCAAUCUUUCUUACUCCGUGAUGAAAGCAGCUACAUGAAUGGUUCAAUCGUUGUGUGUGACGGUGGAUAUCGCGAUAUUAGG